AUGGAAGCGGCCUCUCUCAAAAGCGCAAAUACCACAGCUUGCUUCGAUGAAUUUGAAGAAAUGAUUUUGAGUUUUAAAGCUCUCGAGUUGAAUGUUCUGCCCAUUUUAACUUCAUAUAUACUGCGCUCCCUCCACCCCAAAAAGACCAUUCCUGGAGACCCUAAUCCAUAUAUAGCCAGAGCUUUGGUAUCAGUUGCUGUUGGCCAUCGGAGCUCCGGAGCUGAUAGUGACAAGACCAUGUGCGGGGGCCUUCGAAUUUCUGGAACUUUUCCAGACAUUAAAUUCACCUCCUGCGGUAACGUGUUCCGCCAGGCGCCAGUUCCUCCCAAUUCUCUUUUGCAUAUUGUGGCCAGGCGAUCUGCUAUGGCUUCAUCUUCUUCCUCUGCUCCAUCUUCUCAAUCUCCCAAGAAAUAUGAUGUUUUUAUUAGUUUUAGAGGUGAGGACACCCGCUUGAAUUUCACAAGCCAUCUUUAUCAUGCUCUUUGUGGACAAAAAAUAUAUGCAUACAUCGAUGACAGCCUCGAGAAAGGAGAUGAGGUAUGGCCAUCUCUUGAGAAAGCCAUUGAAGAUUCAACUCUGUUCCUUGUGGUGUUCUCAGAAAACUAUGCAUCUUCCACGUGGUGCUUGAAGGAGCUUGCAAAAAUAUUAGAGUGCUGCAGAAAUCAACGUCACCUUCUUAUACCUGUGUUCUAUAGAGUAGAUCCUUCAGAUGUGAGGAAGCAACGUGGGAGUUACCACGAAGCAUUUGAAGGACAUGAGCGCAAAAGCAGCAUCAACACGCAACAACUGCGCCAGUGGAGGGAGGCUCUCACUCAUGCUGCCAAUUUAUCCGGUUGGCAUUGUAGCCCCGAUAGGAAUGAAGCGGUGCUAAUUGAAGAAAUAGUGAAUUGUAUCAUGAAAGAGUUGGACCGUAGGUAUCAAAGUGAAGAUCAUCUAAAAGGCUUGAUUGGAAUUCACAAAAGAAUGGCCGUUGUAGAAUCAAUGUUGGACACAGGUUCAAAAAAUGGUGGUUGCCAAUUCAUUGGAAUUUGGGGGAUGGGCGGUUUGGACAAAACAACUCUUGUAAGAGCAUUGUAUGACAAGCGGCAUUUUGAAUACGAAGGGUCUUACUUUCUGGAAAAAGUGGGAGAAAAAUUAAAAAAAGAUGGAAUAGAUGCUUUAAGGAAGGAACUUGUUUGGAGUUUAUUGGGGGGUAAAGCAAUAUAUUCUCAUAUCAUGACUAGGCUUCGUCGGACAAAGGUUUUCAUUGUGCUUGAUGAUGUUGAUAAUGCUGAACGAUUAGAAAAUUUAGUUGGAAGAUGUGAAUUUGGAUCAGGUAGCAAAGUCUUAAUAACAAGCAGAGAUAAGCAAGUGCUUCGUACGAAAGUGGAUGAUAAUAAUAUAUAUGCGCUUCAUGGUUUGGAUCCUUAUGAAGCUUUUCAACUUUUCUCCUUGAAUGCCUUCAAAACAGGCUGCAGUGAUCUGAAGAUAAGAGAGCUAGCAGAAGAAGUGACUAAAUAUGCAGGUGGAAAUCCAUUGGCUCUAAAGGUUUUAGGCUCCACCUUGCGUGGCAAAAAUCAAGAAGCAUGGAAAAGCCAAUUGGCAAAGCUUCAAAAAUUGUUUUGUCCAGAAGUCAUUGAUAUCCUCAAAUUGAGUUUUGAAGGACUUGAUAAGGAAGAGAAAAAUAUUGUCUUGCACGUCGCAUGUUUUUUCAAUUAUUAUUAUGAUGCUGAGGAUGUAAAAAAAUUGUUAGAUCCAUGCGGUUAUUCAACCGAGAUUGGAUUGGCAAGACUUGAGAAAAAGCCUUUUAGAUAUUGA